CUCUCUAUAUAAAGGGGAGAAGCAGGCGGACCGGACGGCUGGAGCUGCAGCCGGUGGCGGCAGCGGCGGCGUAGGGAGCGGCGACCGGUGGUUUCCCUCCUUUGCGCGGGGUGGGGAGCGGGUAACGCCCCCCAGACCCCCGAGGGUCGUGGCUUUUUUUUAAGGGCGAUUCUCGAGGUUUUUAGCUCCGGGAGGACUGCCCCCCCCCCCUUACCGCUCUCCUCCACUCCUUCAGGAUCCGAUUUUGUUUAAAAUUUUUACCCCCAAUUUUGCGGUGGCUUGGGUCACCCUCCGGUGGUUUUUUUCUUUUUUUUAGUUUCGUUUUUAUCUUUUCUCGGGGUUGCUCCCCUCUUGUUUGUGUUGUGUGUGGAAAUGGCGAACUCGGCAAAUACAAACACCGUGCCUAAAUUAUACAGAUCUGUGAUUGAAGAUGUUAUUAAUGAUGUGAGAGACAUCUUUCUGGAUGAUGGAGUGGAUGAACAAGUUCUGAUGGAACUAAAAACUUUAUGGGAGAAUAAACUAAUGCAGUCUAGGGCAGUAGAUGGAUUUCAUUCAGAAGAGCAGCAGCUUUUAUUGCAAGUUCAGCAGCAUCCAACUCAGCAGCAGCAGCAUCACCACCACCACCACCAUCAGCAAGCUCAACCGCAGCAGACAGUACCUCAGCAAGCACAGACCCAGCAGGUUCUUAUUCCUGCGUCACAGCAAGCUGCAGCACCACAAGUUAUUGUUCCUGAUUCUAAGCUGAUUCAACAUAUGAAUGCAUCAAACAUGAGUGCUGCUGCUACAGCUGCUACCUUGGCACUCCCUGCAGGUGUGACUCCUGUUCAACAGAUAUUAACAAAUUCAGGUCAGCUUCUUCAAGUGGUCAGAGCAGCCAAUGGUGCUCAGUAUAUCUUUCAGCCUCAGCAGUCAGUGGUUCUACAGCAGCAGGUUAUACCACAAAUGCAGCCUGGUGGAGUACAGGCUCCUGUUAUACAACAGGUACUGGCCCCUCUUCCUGGAGGGAUUUCACCACAGACAGGUGUUAUUAUCCAGCCUCAGCAAAUCUUAUUUACAGGAAAUAAGACUCAAGUUAUACCUACAACAGUGGCGGCACCUACACCAGCACAAGGACAGAUAACUGCAACUGGCCAGCAGCAACCUCAGGCCCAGCCUGCUCAACAGCAGGCUCCAUUGGUGUUACAAGUUGAUGGAACUGGGGAUACAUCAUCUGAAGAAGAUGAAGAUGAAGAAGAAGACUAUGAUGAUGAUGAGGAGGAAGACAAAGAGAAAGAUGGAGCUGAAGAUGGUCAGGUAGAAGAAGAGCCCCUCAAUAGUGAAGAUGAUGUGAGUGAUGAGGAAGGACAGGAACUCUUUGAUACAGAAAAUGUUGUUGUAUGCCAAUAUGAUAAGAUACACAGAAGUAAAAACAAAUGGAAAUUUCAUCUCAAGGAUGGUAUUAUGAAUCUUAAUGGAAGAGAUUAUAUAUUUUCCAAAGCCAUUGGAGAUGCAGAAUGGUGAAGAGUUGGUUCUUUUCUUUUAUAAAUAAAACAAAAGAAACUUUAAAAAAAUUUAAAGUGGACAGUUUGAAACUUGGGACGUACAUCAACCAAAACUUAACUUCUGCAUGUCAGAAAAGUGCAGUAGAAGCAAAGCUACUGGAACAAAGAGACUUUGACAACAUAGACACUACUUCUAACUGGCAAGCCAUGGAACUGUAGCACCUGGGGUUGUUGGGGCGGGGUGGGGGGUGUGUGUAGGAAAACCAUACUUGUUGAUUUUAAAUACAGGUACCUGCCACUGGUAAUUAGCAUGUAAAGCUUUGUCUAUAUCCCUUCCUCCAACUUGGGUUCAAUUAGAAAAUACUUGUUGGAAUGAACUGAAGAAAAUUCCCUUUUGAUAGGUUGAAAUGAAACUGCUCAUUGUAUGUGGUUAUAUUUGGUAAAAAUUGUGUGUGGGCUUUUUGCAAAAGGGCAAGAAUUAUGGUGUUGAAUUUUAAUCACUUGUACAAGGAAACAGUUUAGAGCUUAUAAUAGGUCUUAAAAUAUUUUUACUUGCUGUUUUCCCUCAGUAAUACAUACCUCUUCCUUCCCUGCUUUAUAAAACAUCUACUUAAGAAUUAAAGGAAGAAAUCAGCGAUCACAGUUUAUAGACAAAAUUUGACCCAGGAAUGGAUAUUUUAAUUAGGUUUUCAUACUCAUUAAACUUGGGUCUUGUCUGAGUUGAGCAGAAUUAAAAUGACAACUUCAGUUUCCUUACAGAAAAAUUGUACUUGUUUCUUUUAGGCCCACACCUUAAAAAGAAACCCCAAGUGGCACCUCAGGAAUACAGUUUUAUUUAACAAAGGUACCAUCUAGUUGAAAUUAUAUACACACGAAUAGAUACUGAUUUUUUUCUUGUUCCGCUGAAGUAUAUGCGUAUAUGUGUUUAGUCUUUAAGCUAAACAAACGUUCAAAUAACAUUCUGUACAUGGACUGAAUUAUUGGGCAGGUGGUAAGGACCUGGAUUUUUAUUAAACAAUUUAGUAAUUAUAAAAGUUUCUUGUGUUUACUAGUAAAGAAUUUUAAAACUAUUAUUUUAAUUGAACAGAUUUUUUUAAAUGCAACUUUGUAAUUUGAGGGGUUAUUUUGGGGUUGGAGGGAGGGGUGGGCCACUAAGUACAUUUUACCUCUCUUUGAUUUGGUGGCCCAUCCAGGCCACUGGUAAUAUAGACAUGGGCUCCAGUUUGCACAUCGGGAAGAAAGCAUAUAAAUUUGACUUAUAUUAAAAGUAAUGGAAACUUAAUAUGUAUAUUAAGAAUGCAUAGCUCUGUAUUCUGUAAGGGGCUCUAAAAUACAAUAUGCCAGUGCUGUGUUCAGUGUGAACAAGUCACCUGGGAGAAAUGUAUGAACACUUGUCUUCACUUUUGUGUUCUUACAACUCAUUCUUUUCAUGGUUUAUCUUGACAAAAUUCGUAUGUGUUUAAGUUACUUUUGUAUAUUGAAUUUUUUUGUCUUCCAUUUUUGUUUUCCUUUUAUUUGCCUUUAUGUGUUUCCAGAAGUAACAUAGAAACACUUUAAAGUACAUUGCAAAGAAAAACUGUGAGCUAUUACAUAUUUUUUCUUUUUUUAACGCAAAUUUUUAAACUUCUAAAAAAGCUAAUCAGUUUUUUUUCCUACUUCCCACCCCACAUACCAACUUGAUCCCUUUAACUUAUGUUCUGAACUUUGGUGUAAAUGGUGGUUUCUAGCAUGUUAGUAGUUAGGUUUUCUUUAGAUGCCAUAACUGGUAAUACGGUUUUUAUUUUUACUAUAUUAUUUUAGGUUUUUGGAGGGGAAAUUCAUUUGUGUACCCCACUACUCUCAAAGCACAUACAGGUUUUUGUUGUUUUUGGGGUGUGUGUGUGUGUGUGUGUGUGUGUGUGUGUGUGUGUGUGUGUGUUUAUUGAGGCUGAGAAAAGAGAAGGGAGGGAGUUAAAAUCACAGCAGUCUUGUCAUUCAGUUGUCCUCUAGUAUAGUUGAUCGUAGGUUUAUGUUUACCCAAUGGAGAGUUAAUGACCUGAACUACCUAUAAAAGUUUAGCAGUGCUGCAGUGUUGAUUGAAACCCUUUGGUUAUCUAGUAGUUCUUAUGCUACUGAAUCUUGUAUUAUUAUAUUAUAUUCAGCUCAUGUUUUGGACCCUCUAUGUAGACGUUCGUAUUCAUAGUAGAAUUGUAUACUGGCCUGUUUUUAUAACAUUAUUUUCAAACAUGAACAACCACUGCUUUCAGAGUGAUUCACUAGGGUUAUGUUGAAGCAGGAAAUAACUAUUUGUAUUUGUACCUGUGUAUUGCAUAUUAAUUAUGACAUACUUGGCAAAUGCUUUUUUUUUACCUGUGAAAAUUCUGAAAGCCAGUCCAAACAACACUGCAUAUCAAAUUUGUGCUCUUAUAUUACUGCAUUGUGUUCCUUUUUAAUCAAAUAGCAUGUUUUAGUUUUAGUAUGGUGGCUUGCUAUAAGAAUGCCACUUGCUUAUCUUUUAUUGUACUUGAAUUCUUAAUCAUGCUUUUAACAUUGUAUUUAACAAAUCAUUUCAUUAGGUUCCAUAAAAAUGUCAUUCCUUUGAAAAGGCAAGGAUUCCCACUUUCAGAAUUUUAAAAUGAAAAUAUGUUCAUUCAAAGAGGGAAAAUAGUUCAGACAUGGUAUUAUGAAAAUAGGUAAAGGUUUCAGAAGAGGAUUUGUUUAGAUUUGCACAGAUGGUGAUGGCACCUUUUAUUUUAAAAAAGAUUAAUGUUAAUAGUGCUAAGGAAAAUUUACACAAAAUUACUUGAUAAAAUGUGGAAAUGUGUGCCUUUCAGUAUAUGUACUCUUACUUUGGUGGUCAUUUGUAGAAUCAGACCAUAUGAAUGCUUGAGAGCACAUUUAAUUUCUGCGGAGAGCCACAUUUGGCUAAAACAACUCUUCAAUGUGCAAUUAGAUUCUAGAGUAAAAUAUCUGUUAUAGGAGGGGGGAUCUUUAUAUUGGGCUUUUAUAUUUUUUUAAAUGUUCACAUUUCUUUCUGUUAAUUAAAUGCUGUCAUAAUAUCACAUUUAUAUUGUUGCCUCUUAAAGCCACCUUGAUGUUAUUCUUCUAGGAAUACGUCAAGAUUUGAGCAGUGUGUAUUGUGAUUAAAAUGUGUUCUCGAAGAACAUAUUCUAAUAGAUUCUGAUUUUAGACAUCAAGAACAUAAAAAUAUAAUAGCUUUUGUAUAAAGAUUUUCUUUUGCUAUAGUGAAAAUCAAGGAUUUGGUUUUCUUAUUUCUUCUGGCUUUUAUGGAGGAAUGAAAAGAGUUGUCUCCUCUAAGAGUAAUUUUUGAUUAUCUUAUAGCAAUAACGUCACCAUUCUUUUCAGAAGGUAAAUACCCCUUGUGCAGGAAAGCAGACAUAAUUUCAUCUUGGGAGUUCCCUUUAUGACCUAGCAUUUUCUUCCUCUUGAGAAAAUUCCUAUAUUUUCAGAUUAUUUCAACUUAUUUGAGAUUUUGUGCAAUGUAUUAUUUUAUUGAUCCAUCUUUGUACUUUUUCAUUUUAUUUCAUAUGUCUGUUUCCCACCUAUCUGUCUGAAUCAGCUAUUUCAGAUUUUGAGUUCAUUGGUUAAAAAAUAGUUGCUUUAUGUAUUUCCUCAUUUGUUUAUGUUAGUUUUGCCUUUUAAUCUAUUAUGCUAUGGAAAUUAUUCUGAAGUUUAUAUUUCCCUUUUAAACCUGCCUUAGUCUAUGUUUUGUAAUUUUUUAUGAUUUAAAGAAGAACACACCAAACUUAAUAUUUUUGUUUAUUUUGAGAAACAAGAGAAACUUUUUUCCUUCUCUUUUAAGGGAAGAACUGCAUUGAGUUAGUAACUACUAACUAUUAGUAACUAUUAAGUUACUAUUUCACUAGUUAAUAAAUACUUUAGUCAAGGUUUCUUAAAUCAGUCCAGUAUGUGUCAGGGCUACAAUUUGGGGGAGGGACUAAUCCUUUUUGCUGUUCUGAGCUACUAUUGUCAACUGCUGUUGUACAUACUGUUAUGUGUAAGGGCGUAAAUAUAUUUAUUAUGUUUGUAUAAUUCAUUCUGUACAAUUGCAGAUCAAGGUUGCUCUUCUGUGAUAUAUGGGAUAUUAUGUUUUAAAGACCAUCUUGGAAUACAAUUAGAGAACUUAGUAUUUUGAUGUACUAAGACCUAUUUUAAGUUUAAUAUUUUACCUUUGCAAAAACUUUAAUUAAAGAUGUUAUUUAAAAAAAGUAA